AUGUUUAACCUACCUCCUGGAGGUGGUGGUUCAGACACAGGCGGCGCUAACUGGACGGAGAACGAAGAACGUGAUCCAGAGGCUUGUGUGGAUGGUGGUGGCGGGGGUGGAGGAGCUAAUGAAAACCCAGUCAUGGAUCCUUCCGUCGCUGGUGGUGGAGGCGGCGGUGGUUGUGAAAGCAGGAAACCUCCACUCAAACUCAAGGCUGCCUUUCCAAGCAAAGCGGCUGGUGGCAAGAUCGGAGGAAGUGGUAACCCGGGAACCGGUGGCAGACUAAUCGAGUCACUACUGUCAGCCCCUGAAACAGUGUUUGCAGCAGCUAAAGCAGCCGGUGACUUACCCCAGUUCACGGUUAACCGAUGGCCACCCAAAAUAAGACGUUCGUAG